CCAGGGUGCCCGCCGCCGGCCGCGCAGCGCCACCCAGGAAGUGGAGGAGAAAACGCCCUCCCGCUUCCGACUCCGUCCGUUCCGCUCCGCCAACCGCAGAGCCGGCGCCGCGGCCGCUGUCACCGCUCGCCGCUCAGCUGGUCGGUUGCCGCCGCCGCCGCCUCCAGAUUCCAGAGGCGAAGCCGGAGGCCGAGACCAGCCAUGGACGUGAACAUCGCCCCGCUCCGGGCCUGGGACGAUUUCUUCCCGGGCUCCGACCGCUUCGCCCGGCCGGACUUCAGGGACAUUUCCAAAUGGAACAACCGCGUGGUGAGCAACCUGCUCUACUACCAGACCAACUACCUGGUGGUGGCUGCCAUGAUGAUUUCCGUUGUGGGGUUCCUGAGCCCCUUCAACAUGAUCCUUGGUGGAAUCGUGGUGGUGCUGGUGUUCACGGGAUUUGUGUGGGCAGCCCACAAUAAAGACAUACUCCGCCGGAUGAAGAAGCAGUACCCCACAACCUUCGUCAUGGUGGUCAUGGUGGCCAGCUACUUCCUCAUAUCCAUGUUCGGUGGGGUCAUGGUCUUCGUGUUUGGCAUCACUUUUCCUUUGUUGUUGAUGUUCAUCCACGCCUCGCUCAGGCUGAGGAACCUCAAGAACAAGCUGGAGAACAAAAUGGAGGGAAUCGGUCUGAAGAGGACACCCAUGGGCAUUGUCCUGGAUGCCCUGGAGCAGCAAGAAGAAAACCUUGGCAAACUCACUGACUAUAUCAGUAAAGUGAAAGAGUAGACCCACUGACCUGGGGAGAGCGCUGCAGCAGAAAGCGAGUGGCAGCCUGCAUCGCCCAGACCCACAUUCUGUUUGUGUUUUUGAAAUCGGAGGGACAUGCCACCCAGCAGUUGAUGGCCGGUGCAUGUGUAGGCCAAACUGUUAACACCUCUGAUGUUACAGGGACAGGGCCUCAGGGACUGAAAGAAACCCCCUCCUACUAUGUCUGAACCUUCAGCUCUGUUUAUGAAACCUGAUAGGAAAUGGAGCACACUUAUGUCCUUAGGGGAAUAAAAGAAAAUAUAAGAAUCAUGGAUUGUACAGCAACAGUACUAUUACCUUGUGGGGAAAAAGUGAUUGUCGUGCCACAGCAACAAGGAAAUGGAGAGACUCUUCGAGUAGAUGCCAUACGUUAGCCUGUUUAAUCCCCUGGCAUCCUCUAAAUAUAUUCCCCAGGAUUAUAUGUGGGCUAUAGAUUAGUUUAGUUUUUACUGUUCUUUAAAAUGAAAGAUGAUCUCUAUCACUUUGCCUCCUGUUUGACAUGCAGAGGAAACUGGAUAAACCAGUUGUUUAUAUUUUGUUUACAAAUAUAAAGAUAGCUGUUUAGGGGAAUAUUUUGUCAGAUUUUUGUAAUUUUUGAAAUGCUAGUCAUAUGUUUUUACUAGCAGGUGUUUGCUGCAAACUGAAUGUCAUCUUCCUCGGGAGCUUACCGCUGUGUACCCUGUAUUAUUCUUUAGAGUCUUCUUUAAAAAAAUAAUAAAACAAGUUAUGUUUAUAUUGCA